AUUCAUAUAGUUAUAUAUAAACAUUUUUAAAUUUAGUGCCUCUCAAUAUCGUAAAUUGCAGUGUGCCAGGGUCUUCUACAUCUGUCCUUGGCAGUGCCCUAAACUCCGGUGGUUGACAAUGGCGAGCUUUCUGCAACGCCCUGCUUGUCGUGCCUAUCGAUCCUCUUUGGCCCAAAUUUCGAGAUCAUUUUCUCAAGAUGCUCUGGUUGAGAUCACACCUGGAGAGAUCGGCUUGGUCUCCGGUAUCCCCGAAGAACACCUUCGAAGGAGGGUUGUAAUUUAUUCACCUGCUCGAACUGCUACACAACAAGGAUCAGGAAAACUUGGAAAGUGGAAAAUCAAUUUCAUGUCAACACAGAAAUGGGAAAAUCCGUUGAUGGGAUGGACAUCCACAGGGGACCCAUACGCCAAUGUUGGUGAUGCUGGUUUUAGUUUUGAUAGUGAGGAAGCUGCCAAAGCAUUUGCUGAGAAACAUGGUUGGGAAUACUCGGUAAAGAAGCGCCACACCCCGCUAUUGAAGGUCAAAGCAUAUUCAGACAACUUCAAGUGGAAGGGCCCUCCAAAAACCGAGGAAUGAUUUUUUUACCCGACCACUCUCCUCCUUGAAAUUCUGCCAUAUGGCUUGCAUUGUAUUGUUGCAUAUUUUCUACCAAUUGUUGUGGUGGAGUGGAGAGUUGUUCUGUCCAAGACAACUAUGACUUCUUCUUUGUUUCUUCAAUAAAUGGAACUGAUUGCAAUUGUGAGAAUGUAUGAAGCUAAACAUGCCAUGAGAAAAGUGCACAAUUAUGCUGCUUUUCUACUCCCGUGGUACACAAAUAAUAUGAUGAUUUGAUAUGGUUGGAAUAUUACAUUAAUUUUUUCAUUUUAUUAAUUAAUUUUUCAUUUUAUUAA